CGGGUGCAGCGGCGGCGCUGGCAACGGUGGCGGUGGCUGGAGAGGCAGCAGCAGCAGCAGCGGGAGGGGCUGGAGCGGCGCCGGGAGCAGCAGCAGUAGCGAGAGCCGCCGGGCCCGGGGAGGCUCCGCGGGGGCCACCAGAGUCUGACAGCCAUUCUUCAGCGCCAGUUCCCAGCUACUCCUGGAUCUCUUCUGAGGAUCGACGAGGGAGGCGGGAAAGGGCGAAUUUACAAGAAAAACACGAUGUCAGAUACAGGGAGCAGCACAGAUGGGAAAACAGAUAUACCCAACGGAAGCUUAUCCAGCAGCCCGGAAGAGAUGUCUGGCGCCACGGAGGGGCGGGAGACGUCUUCUGGGGUGGAAGUCGAAGCCUCCGACCUCAGCCUGAGCCUCACCGGCGACGAGGUGGGGCCCAACCGCACGUACACAGAGAGCUCUGCCGAGGAGAAGGACUCUGACAGCAUGGACGACACGGGCCACUACUCCAUCAACGAGGAGAACCGGACCUAUGACCGUUCUCACUCGGAGGAGGAGGAGGAGGAAGAGGAGGAGGAGGAGGAAGAGGAGGAGGAGGAGCUGGAGGCAGAAGCCCAGCGCUCCCGGCGGCGGGCCCAGCGCAAGCGCCCCAACCGUGACCGCGACUCCUCGGACGACGAGCGGGCCCUGGAGGAGUGGGUGGCCUCGGAGACGACGGCCCUGCCCCGGCCCCGCUGGCAGGCCAUCCCGGCGCUGCGGGAGCGGGAGCUCGGCUCCAGCGCCCGCUUCAUCUACGAGGCCUGCGGGGCCCGGGUCUUGGUGCAGCGCUUCCGCCUCCAGUACGGCCUGGAGGGCCACACCGGCUGCGUCAACACCUUGCACUUUAACCAGCGCGGCACGUGGCUGGCCAGCGGCAGCGACGACCUCAAGGUGGUGGUCUGGGACUGGGUCCGGAGGCAGCCGGUUCUCGAGUUCGAGAGCGGCCACAAGAGCAACGUCUUCCAGGCCAAGUUCCUCCCCAACAGCGGCGACUCGACCCUCGCCAUGUGUGCCCGCGACGGCCAGGUCCGGGUGGCCGAACUCUCGGCCACCCAGUGCUGCAAGACCACCAAGCGGGUGGCCCAGCACAAGGGCGCCUCGCACAAGCUGGCCCUCGAGCCGGACUCCCCAUGCACUUUCCUCUCAGCCGGUGAAGAUGCCGUCGUCUUCACUAUCGACCUGAGACAAGACCGGCCAGCUUCGAAGCUGGUGGUGACGAAAGAGAAGGACAAGAAAGUCGGCCUUUACACCAUCUACGUGAACCCGGCCAACACACACCAGUUUGCCGUGGGCGGCAGGGACGAAUACGUCAGGAUCUACGACCAGAGGAAGAUUGACGAGAACGAGAACAAUGGGGUGCUGAAGAAGUUCUGCCCUCGCCACCUGGUGAGCAGCGAGUCGAAGGCGAACAUCACUUGCCUGGUCUACAGCCACGACGGGUCAGAACUCCUGGCUAGCUACAACGACGAGGACAUCUAUCUCUUCAACUCGUCCCACAGCGAUGGAGCAGAAUACAUAAAGAGAUAUAAGGGACACCGUAACAAUGCCACAGUGAAGGGCGUCAACUUCUACGGCCCCAAGAGCGAGUUUGUGGUGAGCGGCAGCGACUGCGGGCACAUCUUCCUGUGGGAGAAAUCGUCCUGCCAGAUCGUGCAGUUCAUGGAGGGUGACAAAGGCGGCGUGGUCAACUGCCUGGAGCCCCACCCUCAUCUCCCAGUUCUGGCCACAAGUGGCUUGGAUCACGACGUCAAGAUGUGGGUUCCCACUGCAGAGACGCCCACUCAGCUCACCGGCUUGAAGGAGGUGGUCAAGAAGAACAAGCAGGAGCGCGACGAGGACAGCCUGCACCACACGGACAUGUACGAGAGCCACCUGCUGUGGUUCCUGAUGCACCACUUCCGACAGAGGCGGCACCACAGGCGCCGAAGAGAUCCCGCCACCGGAGCGACGGACAGCGACUCGGACGACUCCCCCAGCUCCUCCGAAACGUCAGACGACGAGGAAGGUCCGGAUCGGGUGCAGUGCAUGCCUUCUUGAGGCCCCCUGCCUCCCCCCCACCCCGCUCCUGAGGACAAGGAGACGGUGGGGAUAAAAGGGCGGAGACUUGAAACAAAAGCCCACCACUCGUUAAUUAACACCGAUUUUUUUUCUUCUUCUUCUGCUUUUUAUCCCAAACACCAAGAAGGUUCCUGCUGCCCCGUCCCUCACACCCACCUCCCCCUGGCCUGUCCUUAGCCGUCGCUUGCCUGGGGCGACCAGCUUGGCAUAAUCGCACUGGGACACCUUCUGCUUUAGCAGCCAGCCGAGGAAGAGGGAGUUGGGCUGUGGGGUGGGGGGGGCACUCCCGGUGUCCUCCCUGGGUGCCGCUCUGCUCCCCUCACCCGCCUUGGCUUCCCACCCAUAGCAGGGGUGGGGUGGGAGGAUAAGCAGAGGGAGGCCUGUUUGGGUUACUCCCAGACUUCCCCGGAGCGGGGUGGGGUGUCAGGCUUCCGUCGCCUGCGGCGUUCCCUUUUGAUGCUUCAUUUGAGUGGGUGGAGUUUGUUUCCCUCCAUUCCUUUCCUUGAGAUGUUGGUGUGUGCCCCAGAAGGGCAUCUUGGAGGUUUUGUGCUAUUUACCCCACCCCACCCCGCUCCCCCUGAUCCUCCCGCCCAUCCCCACAAAGAGCACCUCUGCAUGCUGCUUGCAGGAUGAACCGACUUGGACUCUGGCUCUCUCUCCCCCCGCCCGCCCGCCCUUGAAUUUUGGGGUUUUCAUGCCCCUCGGUUUAGUUUUAUUUUUUUGUUGGUGUGUUUUCUCUCUCUCCCGCAGCAGUUCUAGGGCACAAAGAACCUCCCCUUCGCAAUCUAGAUCCUGCCUUUUUGCCACCUAGAACGGCCUCCUUGAGCUUUUGGAGCUUUCCCUAAAACCGGCCGCGGCCUGGCCUCCUCCCGGAGAAAGAGGGCCGUUCUGCAAAGAGUUUGCUUGCCUAGAGUUUGUACAUAUUGGUGAUUUUUGCACUUGGUCUAUCUCAUUCUCCACCUUUCCCUGAGAAGUCAAAACGUACAUGCAGGGUGGGCGGGCUGGGCUGGGGGGCCUGGAACCCAUGGGCCCUUCCGGCCUGUCGCUGGGGCGGGCGGAGACUCGUCGGGAUCCCGUCCGUCGACAGAAGGUUUUUAUUUUCUCUCUCUCUUCCUCUUAAGGUUGAUCUAUUUUGUUUCCGAAAGCAACUCCUCCCCCCACCCCAUUGCUGUUUAGAGGCCUAAUUUUAUAUGUAUUAAACCAGACAAGAACCAAAUUUAAACUUGGAUGUUAUCAAGUUAAAAUUAUUGUAAAAGUUUAAAUAUAUAUAUUAUAUAAAUGCAAUAAAAAGAAUUGAGAGACGGA